UGAAGAACUCGACCAAAAGGGAUGGCAUGAGAUUUGUGGACAAAAAGUUGCGAAAAUUGAACGACGAGUACAUCAGUGUUCGCGAGGAAUACGAGAAAAUGCAAAACGAUUUGUCGAAGGAUAUCAUCGCCGACACCGCCAAAUAUUCGGAUGCAAUCAAAGAUCUGGAUAUUCUGUUGACAUAUUUGGAUGUAAUGGUAGGUCUGGCGUCCGCUUCACUCGCGCCGUCCAUUGCUUACGUUCGACCAAAACUUUUACCAAAAGGUUCGGGUAAAAUAGAUGUGAAACAAGUCCGUCAUCCGUGUCUCGAACUUCAAGACAACUUCUCUUACAUCGCAAAUGAUGUCUCAUUUGAUUCAGAAACUGGAAAAUUUUAUUUUAUCACAGGGCCAAAUAUGGGCGGAAAGUCGACUUACAUCCGAUCGGUCGCGUUGUGUGUAUUGAUGGCUCAAAUGGGUUCAUACGUUCCCGCAGAGAGCGCUACCAUUUCGAUAGUGGACUCCAUAUUCACACGAAGUGGUGAAGACAUCGGCGACAAUAUGAACGCAAACGAUUCCGUUGCUGAAGAGGAGCCCAAAUUAGAUUUAUUGACUCGUUUUGUGACUUCUCUGAGCCAAUCACUCACGAAGUGGUUUAUGAGAAGAAGUGGUUCCAGAGGUUGGGUCUAUAGGGUUAGGGUAUUAUAUAACGACCCCUUCCAGUGGCAAUUAGUGAAGAGUUGGCUCUUCUUCGGGGCCGGCGUUAUCAUCGCUCGAGAGAUCGCAGCCAUUGAUUUGUCGCCCAAUCCGUUGCCCACAGUAUGAGUGCCUCAAGAAGUGGUCACUCAUCGCAACAAUUCAUCCCAUUUAUUAUCGAAAGGAUUAGUCAUUCAAUUGU